GGUUCUUUUGGUCCUUUCAUCUGGAUGAUACCAGUUUUAAACUGGUGGAGGAUUAGCUUCAGAGCUCGCCGGUUAGUGAGAGGAAAAGCAAUGGCGUCCACAAGCUCAAUAGUAGCACGCACACUCACCCUCCACUGUGUGCGCCACGACCACUCUGUUUCGCACAAUUCUCGCGUCAAUAGGGUUGCGCCGGUUGGCAUUCCGGGAAGGAGGGAGUUGCUGUUGCUGAUGACCGCGACCACAGCACUGAAGGCUGGGGAGAUGCCGUCUAGAGCGCAGGACAUAGGGUUGUUCGGGUUGAGGAAGAAGCUGAAGAAAGCGGAGGAAGCAGCUGAGGAGAUAGUUAGGGAAGGGUUCGAGGCAGCUGACAAGGGAAUUGAAGUGGCGGGAAAGGGAAUUGAAGCGGCGGAGAAAGGCCUAAAGACGGCGGAGAAAGACAUAGUGUCAGCGGAGAAACAGAUCGAAGGGGCGGUGAGUUUCGGAGGAUUUGCCCAGGCGGGCGUGGUGGCGGGAGCUGAAUUUGUUGGUGUUCUGGUUGCCACGUCAGUUGUGGACGGGAUUUUAGGGCCUGAAGCUCAGAAAUCUUGAGCCCAUUUGUUCGUUUUUCUGCAACGCAGAAUGUAAUUUGUAAUUGGUUGUAUCGUGUAUGUAUAAUCCUCCGUCUCAUUUGUAGCUUUGACGUUGAAUUCCUAGUACUACAUGCAAUCUGUGAACUUUACUCCA